UCUUAUAUCCACACAGCAUUCGUCGCUUCGGGUAUCGGUUCGCUCUUGGAGUAAGUCGAGUUCGGGCAAUAUGAUGGACGCCAUUCGUAUCUGAGUUCCCAUCGCGAUUUUGUGCAAAAACCGAGCUGCCGCAGAAUAUUCGUGAGCAUUCCGCCUGGUCUGGGAAAGCAGCCGCGACGGCACGCGGAAUCCGUGACAUUUGACCGAGCAAGCGCCCGGGCAGGACGCAAGGUUUUGCGAUCGCGUGAAAAUUCGCAAGGAGGAAAACUAGGCUCCCAAAAAACAGUGUAGUGCGAGCGGUGCGGUAGCGAGCAGAAGUUCUAAAGUAGUGUUUAUGCGGAACGUGUGGGAAAGAGAAUCGGGAAGGGAAAAAGAUGUCGCCGCCAUGGAAAUGCCGUCUUGUCGCCAGCCGUGGUGGUCGGGCCGCGUAGAGUAAAGUGAAGCAAAGCAGAAGUGGAAGCAGAGCAGAGCAGAGGCAGAGGUAGAGGCGAGAAGAAAGAUAGUUGGAGUGUGUUGAUUAUAGGGUGGGAGCGGGCGCGGGUGCGAGCUGGAGAUGCCGGAGUGAUGUAAGUGAAGCACGGAACGGCCGAAGUGGCAGAAGCGGAAUCGAGUGUGGAAGUGAGUGAGUUUGGAAGAGCGGAGUGCGGGGCGCGGCGCGCGUGAGAGUUCCUCGCGAAGAACGCAAUGUAAAGACGACGGCGGCGAGAGCAGGGCCUGAAGAACAAAAAGAAUAGGGAAGGGGAGUGCGAAGGCAGGCGCGGCGGAGGCGAGUAGAAGUGAUAGGUCGAGGGGGUCGCAGCAGGCGCGGAGAGAACACGGUCAGCGCCAGAAGCAGAAGCGGCCGCACGUCGGGAAAAUUGGCGAGUCGCGAGUAUUCCGUCGAGAAUCGAAGUCUCGCGCCGGCAUCGCGGGUCCCUGCUCGCGAAGUGUCCUCGGAGUGCGCCUUGAGUCGCGUAAUUGUGCGAGGAACCCGUCGGAGGUGGAGUGUAAGGAAGCAGCCGCGGCGACCGCGAGAGCCAGCGAAAGGAAGGGGAAGCGGGGCGCGAGGACUAGGCCCAGCUACAGUCAAAAACGGCUGAUCGCGUUGUGGCCGAACAGUGGACGGACAACCUUUGGACAUUAUCCCUUCGCGUGGUGCGUGAGGGCUCGAGCGGGUAGCUGAGAACCGGGGCUGCUGGGAAACCGAGAAAAGCUGCAGGAAAAUUGGAAGUUGUCGGUGGCGAGCUGGUUUUUUCAGAGUGACAUUUCGCGUGAGGUGCGUGCGGGUGUGUGAGUGCGCGGCAGUGACAACCUAUAUGUGUGAAGCACAUGCGAGCGCAUAGGUGUGUCGGUGUUGGUGAGUCGUGAAGUGGGCGAGAGAGUGACUAUCCGUGCAGUUGCGUGCGAGCUGUCCACUCGAGCGGCAGCGGCGCGAACGAGACAGACACUGGCAAGUGGAGGAUGCGGUGGUGUUGGUAGGUGCCGUCGAUUGUGCAACGACUCUCUGUCCGUCACUCCACCCGCGUCUUUUUUCUUUGUUUUAUGCUCCUUUUCCCAUCGUUCGUUUUGGUGUUCUCAGUGGAAGUAAAGCAACAAAAAACCUGAAGUGUGCGUUUUGUCUCGUUUCGUUCGGUCCGGUUGUGUGUGCAUCAACUUUUGUCCCACAGUGUGUCCAUUUUCGCCAGUGCGUCGUGCGUGCAGUGAUCUAGCGGAGUGGGAUCCUGGCAAAUUCACUUGGCCGCCAGAAACGAGUCGAAGAGAUGAUAUGUAAUCCAAGACGUUAAAGGAGAUUUUUAUCGAGGAGCAAUCACCUUUAUGAACUAUACAACAGAAAAUUGUGGUAGCAGCAGCAUUCUAACGAUACAAAUGAAAUUCAGUCGAAAGUUAUUUUCUUAUAAAACACUCGAGAGGACAAAUGCUGCAAAAGUUCUCUCAGCAACGGACGAUACCAAUAAUUCAAGUUCGAAAUCCCAUAUUGGAAAAUACAGAAGAAGACAUAUGCUGCCAAUUCGUUCUAGCAGCAGUGACAAAAACUUUGAUUCCGUGUCAAAAAAUCAUAGUAUACAUGUUACACUGAUAUCUACUUGAGAAAAGAGGGGAGUGUGCUUCUACACUACCAUUUCUUCGUUUUAAUUUCAUUUGCUUACCGUCGUAGUAAUAUUAGAAAAAAGCGGUCUUUUUCUAAGAUGGCGAAUACUAUCUCAGUAAUGACCAAUGCAGUACGCGGAGUGGUAAGCAAAAAACGUAUCCGUUAUCAGGAGAAUGGCUACGAUUUAGAUUUAGCAUACGUUAGUGACAGAUUAAUUGCAAUGGGAUAUCCAGCCGAAAAUAUUGAAAGUAUUUUUCGAAAUAAAAUUGAACACGUUUAUCAUUUUCUCGAGGAGAAACAUAAAGACCACUAUAAGAUUUAUAAUUUAUGUUCAGAACGUCAUUAUGAUGGAAAUAGAUUUCAUGGGAGAGUUGCUUUGUAUCCGUUUGAUGAUCACAAUCCGCCACCAGUUACAUUGAUAAAAGAAUUCUGUGAUGAUGUAGAUGCUUGGUUAAAAGCAGAUAAGGAUAAUGUUGCGGCUGUGCAUUGUAAGGCAGGAAAAGGUCGAACAGGCACUAUGAUCUGUUGCUAUUUGUUACAUUGCCACAUGAAAACAACUGCUGAGAGUGCACUGACCUAUUACGACGAAAAACGAACUAAGAAUAAAAAAGGUGUUACAAUACCGUCCCAAAGACGAUAUGUCGAAUAUUAUGCAAAAUUAGUAAAUUCCGGGCAGCCAUAUGAAGAACGAACCCUUCAAAUUUGUGAAAUUAGAUUUUUCCCUCAAUUAUCUAAUCAAGAUAAUAUUCACUGUAGUAUAUAUCCGCAUCCACGAUCAGAUGACGCGGAAUCAACUAAUAUUACUCUUAAUUUUCGUAAGACUCAAAUAAUAGAAAUAAACGAUCGCUGUAUACCUUUGACGGGUGAUGUUAAAAUAGAAGUUUAUCGUAAAGUUAUGAAAAGGAAAGAACGCUAUUUCCAUUUUUGGUUUAAUACAUUUUUUAUAGGUGAUAAAGCUGCUGCUUAUGAAGAUGACGGAAGUGAAAAGAAAUUUGUCUACGAACUUUCAAAACAUGAGCUUGAUGAUGCACAUAAGGAUACUGAACAUAAAACUGUUCCGCAAGAUUUUAAGGUACAAUUACUAUUCAAAACAGUCCAGAAGGAUCAUCAUACGACAAUGCCAUCAAUUACUCCUGCUAUAGCUAGUGUUAGAAAUGAUGCAAAUAGCCACGUUCGAAGUCACUACAAAGUGCCGUUUAGCCAACAAAACCAUCAUCCCCAUUAUAAUCAGACACAAUUGUCGAACAAUAUUGGAAUGAAUCAUACGAAUUCAAACUUAGUGAUUUGCAAAUCUGCGCUUAGUCCGGUAAACAAUAUAAAUGCAACGACAACGACGGCCAAUAAAUUGACGUCAAAUUCAACCCGACUAUCAUCUAUGGGGAGCAGCAGUAGUGGGAGUAGUAUAGGAGAUCAACAACAAUCAACAGGAACAUUUUCGAUGCGAAAUUCUUCGGUGAAUCCCUUGAAAAAGGAUCUGAAACUACAGAAUCACACGAAGGAUUGUAAUGAUGUGAUGGAGUUGCAGCCUAGUUAUCCGGACCAUGGCAUUGAGUUAGGAGUGAAUGAGCAACCAAUGUUAGACCUUUUUAUGAAUGGUAGCGGAAGAGAUACGUCUUCAGCAAUUGCUGCAGGAGAAACGCAUACACCGUCCGUUAGAUUUGAAGUUUCGCGAACGAAUAGUAGUUCACGUAGUAGCAGUAUCAAUAGCAGCGAAGUAUCACCGCAGAGCGAGGUUGGCGGCGAUGAGGACGAAGGAUGGGAUUCUGAAUUUUGUCGAGUGGAUUCGAGUAAAGGUGAAUCCACUUAUCUGUGACUGCUACUGACACAACUUUUCAACAAAUUAUUAAGAUUUAAACUGAACGAUUGGAAAUCAUCAUUUCAUUGAUAAAUUACCACUAAUUUUUAUGUUUUCAAAUAUUAGCUAGACUAAAAAUGAAAUUUUACUAUGAACAUGUGUACAAAAAAUUAAAAUAAAUAUCAAUAUGUAACGGUUACUUACUGCGGCGUAUAAGCUUUGCACUAGAUAUUUAGCCCAAUUUGAGUUUAUCUAUUCCCAUUGCACUUUACACGCGUAAUCAAUGCACAAGUUAGUACGAGAAUUUAUGAAUUUAUUUAAUUCGGUAUUGGAACUAUAUUUCGGAUUUCUGACAACUUUUUUGCAAUUUAUUGGGUUCGGAGAUGCAUAGUGGGUGUGAGACGAAUGAUACUUAUUAUUUAUAAAAAUGGGGGGUUUUUACUUAUUUGUGUAGAGAGUUGAGUCUAGUAGAUUGCAAAAGUAUGCAGUAUAUAUCCGUCGGUCGAAAAAACGAUCCUUUAUAAUUUGAUGGGAUCAUAGGUCUGUGACUAUGAAAAAUGACAUGAUUGUGGAAAAUUGCAUAAGAUUCUUCAUUUCUAUCUGUUAUUGAUCUACGACCAUUUAAAUGAAGCCUCUGAAUAUCUUGAAGAAGUUAUUGCGAAGGGUAGACACUUGAAGAUACAUCAUGUUCUGCUUCAGGCUCUUCAUAAUCGCAGGUCAUGGCAAAACUGUUAUUGUUCGAUAAGUAUCAUACUUUCCUCUACCAUCCUUUCCUUUGAUUGGAUACUGAUGUGCAUGUAUUCGGUGAAUGUGGUUGACAUUCUACUAAAAAUUUUCCCGCUUUGUAUUGGGUACGUAGUUUCUGCACGAUUACAGCAAAAUUUGAGUCAAAAGUGUGUACGAUGAUCCAAAGAUGUUUAAUGAUACAAAAUAAAAUAUAUUGAAACAGACAAUCGAUUUCUCUUUCUACAAAUUACUGAGGCACAGAAAAUGUUUUUCUGACAAGUCAGACAGUGGAUUACUUUCAUAAUAAUAGUCUAAGAGUAAAUUAUGCCACUGGAUUAGAUUGAUUUGGUUUCAUAACCUGAACAUUUUUACACGAACCCCAUUAAAGUUUUCAGAAAACUUUAUUUAGAAUGAAGGCCCGGCAAAUUAUGAAAAAAUAUAUUAGAAUUUGUAUCAUUUGUGUAUAUUUAAAUUCAGUUAAAAGUCGCAUAAAUGAUUCAGUUCAAAUCAAUCUCAUAAAGAAUUUUAAGUCGCUAGCAGUAGAAAGCAGAGUUUUAGUUUUAAAAUUGAUGUUUGUUGCAAUUUGUUUGGUUGUAUGAUUAAGAAGACGAAAAAAGGCGUCAAUAUUGAUAUAUGAAGCAGAUUGCAAAAAUUGAAGAAUUAACUUAAUUUUGGAAUAUUAUUGUUUGUCGAAAAUGUGUCGGGAAUUGAAUUAUUAUUUCAUUUGAAAUUUCUGCAUUUGAAUUUUUUAAAGUUAGAGAUUAACAACCAUUUACAAUUUGUAAAUGGAACGGAAUUCGCCGAAAUUAUUAUCUUCAAAUUUCACUCAACUUUAGGGACAUUCGCUGAAUCUAAAUGUGGUUCCUUUUCAAACUGCUUCAAGGCCGACUAAAGCAAAUCAUAUUUAUUUCAUUCAUCCGAAUAUUAAUUUCUUUCGGCAAAGUACAAAGAUGAGGGGAUUCUUUGCUAUAUGAUUUUCUAUCGUCAAUCCAGAAAAAUCGAGCACGCGGACUCGAUGUUGGAGCCCCCCCUCUUGAUAUAAUAAAGCACCGGAAUUACAAAAAGUAUGCAAGUCCACAUUCGAACUGUUCUAACAUGUCUAACGUGUUGAUGCGCCAGACACAAUGAGAAUAAAUUAUCGACGACUUGAUAGGGGAUGAUCUUAUCAUUACCUUUCCGCUUAACGCCGAAAAAAAUACUUUAAUUUCACUUUGCUUAUAUUCUGUUCGCCUCUCUACGGAGUGUUUUCUAUCAUUUGAACAUCCAAUAAUGGAUUUGAAAGAGGUAAUUAGUUGUUUUGAGAUAAAAGGUGGUCAAUUAGCUUCUCACGUGAGCCAAUAUUUUUUGGUUACUUUUUGUUAAUUAACUAUCUUCGUUUAAAUUAUCAUAUCGAAGCAUAUCUACUGUUGCCUGUAUUAAAUGACAUUUGUUUGGGAAUCAUCUCCUCGUCUGUGUUGAGAUUGGCUACGCUUUUAAACCGUCCUUUUUUCUAUUUUCUGUUCAAAUUAUUCAACCCUUCUCACAGAAUAUAGGCUGCUGUUGUCACAAAUUCGUAUAGAAAACUCAUGUUGAUUUAAAUUGUCAGCUUGCAUCGAUUUUGUUCCCUAAUUUUCUACAUUUUCAUGGCAGAUUCUCGUCAUUCAUAUGUAACGUCUGGCACUUUUUAUUCACGAAUAUUGCGCCCUGAAAACAUCCGUGUAUAUAUACAUCUAAAGUCGUUUCUGGUUGUAUUCAAAUCGACUAAAGUGUGAAAGUUUUUAGGUUGAUCUCCUCCUGGCAUUUUCAGAGUCCGGUUUGACUUGUGGUUCCCUAUAUUCUAAGGAAUAUCCUUCUCCAAUAUGCAAGAUGGAACUUGUUAUUGUUAUUACAGGUAUGGCCCGCAAAAGUCCAGAAAAAGGCGGAUUCUGAAGCAAGGGAAACGGAUGAUUAUUUCAGAUCCUAUCUAAUAACACUACUAAUGUUGGAACAUUAUUCACUGUUUCUAGUUCUUUUGACUUGAUUUAGUUUAUUUUCCCCCCUAAGGAUCGAGGGAGAGGAUUUAUUCCAUAUCGUAUAUAUAGUUUUCAAUAGCUCUUUAUAGUUUUAUUCUCGAAAAUUAUUUCCGUUGAAGCUAGUAAAUCCAGUAGCGUCUUCAGGUGUAUCUGAUUCACCCAAUGAUGAAUGCAUCUGAAUAGCCCAUAAUGUAAACUUUCUCUGAUUCUAAUGACACUAAAAAUGGUUCAUAAUGAAUGUUUGCAGUAUUACGAAACGGAACGAUAAAAGUAAAUGUGAAUUUGCUGAUGCGAAGCAAUGCUUUCUCAUCUUUAAACACUAAUCUCAGCCUUUUCUCAAAUUUAAUUUAUUUUACCGCCUGCCGAGUUCAGUUUCAUGAAUGAAUCGAUUAGUUUUUUUUUAUUCCAAACGUGUAUUCCAUUCCUGGUUUGACCAGAAAAAUUUACAUCAAGUGAACUAAAGGUGUGUAGUCCGGUGUGUCAUACCUAAAAACCAACUCUAACUUGGCGAUGUGUGAGGUACCCACCUUUUCUCGCGCAGGGGGAGAGGGUGUUCUCAAAUUAAAGAAAUAAAAUUCUUGGAAACAACCAUUGUUGCAGCAUUGUAUACAAAGUAAAAAAGCGAAAAUUAAAUCCAAGUCGGUCGAUUCUAAUAACAAAUCCAUAAUUCUUGUUAAACCAGCCCAGGCUUUCCUAUGUUUUAACAUCUGCAAAUGAGCUAUAAUAUAAUUAACAUAAAUAAAAAGUUACACGAAGAAAAACACAAAACCUCUCUGAGACUAAAGUAUUCCUAACGCGUAACAGUUUUUGGUUUACAGGUCAUGAUAAAUAACAAAAAAACUACAAAAAUUCUAGCUCCCAUUACAGGAAUAAGGAACUCAGAUGUAGUGUGGUACUUAUAUUCUUUAUAUGAUAACGAUGAAAUUGGAAGAACAUAUAUUGUAUGAAACGAGAACAGUAAAUGCGAGUAUGUAUACAAUAUAAAUAAAAUUUCGAUAGGUUUGCAAAACAAAAGGAAUGAAUUACACUGUCGAAGAAUGUUAUUUAUGACUAUUUUUAUUUAUUAUUCUUCGGAAAAUUAGAAUUGUUUGGUUAAUUGUAUCGUUCCCCAAGACUUAUUAUUGUCGAAAUUAUCUCGCAUUCAUUCGCCAGUGCUACCGACUUAAUACUUAUUUUGAUCCUCCCAAUCAGUAGCAAGUUGUCUCUAUUUAAAACUUCUAGUGAAUGUUUGCUCAAGUUUGCAUCAUUUCUUUGAAGUAUUUGUCUGUUAACAAUUUGGUUAAGAAAUGCAUCUCUACCCAAGCGUUAUCGAUGACAGCGUGGUAGAAUUCCUUUUUACCGAUUUGGUGGAAUUUUCACCAAUAUUUUGUCAACCGAAAGCAGAAAAAAUUACAGUUGACGCUUGGUGAAUUCUUGUGUCGGAAGAAGUUUAACUUUAUAUUGACGGGCCCCAUUUCGGAGCAUUUCCUAUAUUUCAUUAUAUGCCUUAUAUUACAUGAUUCCAAUCAGUAGGAAAGUUGGAGCUAUAUUUUUUUGAGCUACUUGGGCUUACUUCCUUUUCUUCUGAGAGAUUUUUUUUUUGAAACCGCUCUAUGAGCUGUCAUCUGGUUAGUUUGUUUUCCUGUUAUUUAAAUAUUCAUGCUUUAUUUCCUACUUUACAAUCAAGUUCUAUUUUACCACGAAUAGCCAAGUUUCAGGGUUCUUCCUUCAUUCACUAUGUUUUAGCAUUUGACAUUUGAAUUUCUGUUCUCUGAAGCCUUUUAAUGUAGUUUGUGUUUGGCGAUAUAUUUUAUUUCGAAAUGCGCUGUCCAUUGGUAUUUUGUUCUUUUUUUGUUGAUAACUUGCUUCGAAAUAAUUCGAUUUUUUCCUUCAAGAUACUGCAAUCGAUUUCCAAUUGAUGUGUAUGAAACAUUUUUGGCCUCGAUGGUAAGAUUUCCUCUAAACGAACGCCCAUAUUGUGACAUAAAAUUCACGUUAUUGUUUACUUUUUUUAUUUGAUCGGGGUAGGGGUAGCAUUUUUGGUUUAGGUGUGAAAAAUGGUGCUAGAUAUUGGGUGGGGGGAUAUUUUUCAGAAUCUUUCGGGUGCUAUGGCCGUGAUUUUAUUACGAAUAUUGUUUUUCAAAUGGGGCUGGUUCUUUAUAUAUUCGCAUAGAGACAUUCUUUCAAAAAUCCCCAAAGAAAGAAGUCAAGAGCAGUUAAGUGUGGUGAACGUGGAGACCAAUUUAAAUUUGAAAUGCGUCCUGUGACUCAAUUUUCUUGGAGCCAAAGGUUUAAUAGUUUUUCAGAGCUGUCGUCCCCCAUCAUUUCCAAAGAAAUAUGGACCAAUCAUCCUUUUGAUCAUGCAUCAAAGAGUAUGUCUGAGGGGGUGUAGUUGCCGUUGAUGAAUUGCUCUCGAAUUAACGGCAGUCUAUAUUUUGCAUUUUUACUUGCUUACAACCCCAUUUGAUUGCGAAUAAAUUUUAUUGCCCGUUAUUCUGCUUUUUGCCGAACAAGAAUGUCAUAUUCAAAUUGCUGCUAGUAAACUAUCCGCUUUAGAGUUUGCACAAGUUGAAUUUUGUAUUCAAAUUUACAAGUUUUGAAUUUUACUCUCGCUCAUUUGCUCUUUUUGCUCACAUCUCACGUAUACAUUCAAUAUCAUCGUCGGGCUGCACCGUGCAUAGUCUUUCGGCAGCAUGAAAAUUCAUUACUGUUAGUUAUUGUUUAAAAUUUGCUUCGAGACGGAUUAUUGUUGAUACUGGGAGCUCAAUCUGCACACUAAAAUAACGAUGAUAUGAUAUGCACGCAAGAUUACAACAUCAAGACAAAAUUCUAUGAUUUCGGUUCCUUGCUCCAUCGUUUAUCCCUCCAGAUUAAAUUCUCCAUGUUUUUGGUUUAAAUCCUGAAUGAGAAAAUGUUCAUUAGUAAAAAGUUAUAAAUAAUCCAACCCCGAUGUUGACAUUGACGUUGUAUUAUGGAGCGGGACAUAGUAAAUGGGUGGCGUAAAUUUUACCAACAUUAUUAAAUCAUUUUCCACUUUGCAGCUUAUAUUAUCAUUAAUAAUAUUUUGUUUUUUGUUUGCUUGGAUUUUUACUUUGAUGACAACGAAUUGGACUGGUUGAAAGUUCAAGGCUAUCCUAAGAAUUACAUAUUGAUAUUAAAGGUAUUUGCUCUUUAGCAAAGCGCCACUACCAACAAUUUGGCUACUUGCCAAUAAGUCAAAAUUGAAAUUUAUGAUUUCUCUAAUAUUUGUGAAAUGUUCAUUGUUUGCUCGUACAUUUGUCCAGUGAUUAUAGUUAACAACAUAAACAAGUAAGAGAAAAUUAUUCUCAAAUCUAAUAAGUGAAUCUUGCGUCGUGGGGGUUGCGUUUUCUAUUCCAGAAACAUAUUAAUGAAAUGUUGGGUCUUUAGGAUUUAAAGGCCAAACAAUAUUAUUGGAAAAUACAUAUAAUGGGAAGUACUAAAAACGCAACAGUAAAGAAUACACAAACGUAGAGGCUAUGUAUUUAAAAUAGCAGAGAAAUUUAUAACUGAAAAAAUCUGAUUUUUUUUCGUUAGCUUUGUACAUAUUUUUUCUCAUGUCUUUUUUAAAAUGUUUCAAGCCUGCAGUUUCGAAGGACGUCCAAGUGGGUAAUUUAAUCUUUGAGAAACAUUUAGAAUUAUCAUUUCUCCAUCUUUGUACUGUAAAUAGAGCAAAAAAGGAAAAUCAUAUAAGAAUAAGGAAAAGAUGGAGGAAUGAAGCAAUUGAAAUUGGACUGAGUAUACACGGUAGGUGUAAUAUAUCAGCACAGAUUCUAUGUAUAAAUCCCAAACAAAUUUAUGAUAUCUAUGAAUUGCCAUUUCAUGUUUAAGCAAAAAUAGUGUAAGCGGUUCAUACCAACGGACACGUAGAAGAAUCACAUAAAGUAGAUUACAUUAAUAUUCUUAUUGUUAUUAAUACACAAUCUAUUAAUCUGUUCAAUUUGUUUUGUUACAAUUUGUAAAAGAAAAAAUCCAAAAUAUUUAAAUGUAAGCAGAUAGUCACGGAUGAAAAUAUUAUUAGAUGAAAGUGGAAGAAUAAUUAACUAUAAAAAUGAAAAGAAAAAAAUGACCAGAUUCAAUAUUUGAAAAUGUUUUAUAACAAAAUAUUACAUAGGUAGAUAUUAUUUUAUAAAUGUGUAUAUUAUAUAUUUUUGUUUCCUCUCCAAUCUCAUCGAUAAUAUUAACAACUUUAUGAAGAUAAUAUUUAAGUUGUAAAUAAUUUUAUUGAUAAGAGCUAAUAUAUUAUUGGAAACAAUUUUUAUUUUUAUUUAAAAAAUAAAUAAUUCCACAGUUAAUUUAUUUUAUUUCUUCGAAAAAAUAUUUAUGGAAUUGAUAUUUUUCAUUGUAAAUUCGAGUAUAUUUAAAAAAAAAUGUAGUUAGGUGUCACAUAUUCGAUGGAGAGAAAGAUUAUUUUUAUUUGACAAUAAUUAAUUGAUCAGUUUUCAAAAAGGGGUCAAACUGCUGUUUCUGCUCAUGGGACCGUCAAUAACUAGCAACUAAAUGCUAUGGGUAUUUAGCCCUCAUGUAAUACUGCCUGGUGUUAUUCAGGUACCCCAGACAAAAAAAAAUGAUAGAUAAUUAAAGGUGAAAUAUUGAAAUGUAUUUGUAUGAUAUCUGGAGUAAUUUAUUACAAAAUACAAGAAGAAAUCUAAGACUCCAUACUCAUACAUGCAUGACAAAAUAAUGCUUGUUUCUUAUUCGUGUAAAAUUGUUAAAUGAAACACGCUUGUGCCGUGUUAAUCUCCGCUAUCCCGUUUGGGAAAACGCGCAUGGUCUCUUUCACUUUCGGGCCCUAUGUUAUUGUAUCAUAAGUCACGGACUAGGAUACCGUUUUCCAAGAAUCCCUAACAGGUUUGGCUAGAUAACGUAAAUAUAAAUCUUUUACAAGAAUGGCCACAUGAAAUCGUGAACAAAAUACAACAUAUGAAAAAUUAAUGUGUGAUCAUGCAGGCAAUUAUUCCAGUAAUGCCUAGAGCAGCACGAUUGAUGGCGAAACCAAUCCUACCUUUCUAAUGAUAGAAGGCGGCGGAACUUGAUAUCUCUGAGGCUUUGAGAUGUUUCUUGUGGACAUUUAUAGUGGACUUUUUGAAGAGGAGAAAAAGUCAGAUAACGACUAGCAAACUGGCCUCAAAAAUCAACUUCGAUUGUUAUCUUGUGGGCUCUUACCCGUAUAUAAUUUCUACACAAUUCACGAAGAAAAUCAUACGACAGGCUUCUCCAACUAUAACUUAGAAGCAAGCCUCUAAAGCGAACUUUUUUGGUAGCGCUUAGACUCCACAAAGAAAUAAAUCAAGUACAAAAUUUCAUUCUUAACAAAAAUGGGUGGGAUAUCUUCAGAUGGUUCUUUCAAUGAAUAAAUGAAUUGAUGAAACAGUUCAUUAAAACUUUCUACUCCUUUUUAUAUGAAUUAUGUUGUUUGGUUUCUCGAAGAAUGUCUGGCCUUCAGGCGGUAUUUAGUAAGUUAACCUCCAGAAUUUGAAAGUGCAAAAGAAUGAGUGCUGACACUUCAGCACAGUUAGGUCUCCAGAGAUUGAUAUUAAUGUCUCAUUUUUCUUUUUAGUCUAUAUUGCAGAGGUUGUAAUAUUAUGUGAAGUUAGUUCUUUCAUUUCCUGUUUUCCUGCAUUGUGAGUUACUUCGCUGAUAAUCAUUGAAAUCAUUGAACAUAAAUCAAAACAACUGGAUUUUUUUCCGUUCUAGACUAAUGUUCCUGAUAACGGUAUAUUUACUUAUCCCAUACAACGCAAGUGAGAAUUUCGAAGACUGAGUUUAACAAUUGUUUUCUCUUUAGUGAUGAGUUGCGAUCACUACUGUAAUGAUUCCGCAUUGUAAUUCCCUUUUAUUAGGAAGGGAUGGCCAAUACAGAAGCACACAGAGAAUAUUGGUGCGGAGUAGUCUGUGAACCUAUUCGUAAGGUGCUAAUGUGUCGACUCCGGAUCGCUCAAGUGGUUAGAGCGCUUGGCUGUCGCAGCAGUUCAAAUUUCACUGAUGGCAAAGAAAUUUUUUAUCAUGACGGCAUGUCGGAUACCAGUCGACUCAGUUGUGAAUGCAUACCUGAGUCAAAUGAGGGUACUAAUCUCGGGCGAGCGCAAUGCUGAACACAUUGCCUCGUAUAGUGUACUGUAGUGUACCGUUACAGUCUUGAAUGAAGUGCUCUACCACACUUCAAAGCCCUGAUCCAAUUGGAUUCUUGCGCCAACGAUUAUUAUUAAUGUGCCAAGUACUAUCGAGUUCGGCGCGCCCCUCGCCGGAAAGAAUGGUGCCCAGGUAUACAAAUUUUUCAACAUCCAUGAUAAUCUCUCCAUUAAUAUAAAUAAAAGGAGUACGAUGGUCUGCCAGAUUGUUUUUGUCUUGCCCUUUAAUCCAUAUGUAGAACCACUUAGAUCGGUGGAACAAUAAGCAGAGCUGCCAGUCUAAUCUAAGUGUUUGUGGUAAGAUAGUGUGGACCACGUCCCUGAUAUUGAGAAGAGAUAAUUGUAUUUCGCUUUGCACUUCGAAUCCCCCAGAGAUUUUACCUCGAUGCAGCAUUUUGUGUCGCUAUAUGUCGCUUUGAUUAUGGCUAUCCGUCUUUCUGCAUAGAACAUUGGAAAAACACUUCUUGUUGCUGCUGUUGAAAACUUUCUUUGAAGUCAAGAAACCAACCUCACUGUGAUAACCGUUCUCUCGAAAUGAAAACUUCUUACCUUUCCCAUUCAAUAGGAAAGUGAGUUUAUUUUAUACAAUGCUACCAUUAUGUGAUUCCAUAUAAUGAAUUUGAAUUGAAAGCAUUUUUUAUAUGAACGGUGAUAACUGUGCAAUAUCUCCUGGCAUUGAUAAUCCCUCCUAAUCCUUCGAUCACAUUUCUGGUGAAGCCCAUAACCAUGUUGAUUGGCAGCGUAAUGAUAAUUUGAUAGGCCGCCUGCACUCUGCCUGGGAUAAGAACUUGCUUCAGGAAGCUGCUAAGUUUAGCCAUGCCUGCGCUCUAUGCUCCACGGGGAUCGAUAUUUAUUUCAUUACAUAACUGCACAGUGCUGUUGGAUUUGCUCUUUUAUAUUGCUUUUAUAAGUUUUUUUCUCGAGGCUUUGUAUACAUCCUGCUGAGCUGGCAUCUGUUUCUCAUUCUGAAAUUCCACCAAUAGAUAGGGUUACUUGCUUAUCUAAUUAUAGAAGCAUCACAUGACCUGCUUGGACUUUUCACUAUAUGCGAGAACAUUCCUUUCCCGUUCCCUUUAAAUUGGAUUAUUCGUGUAGAGUGUCCGCAAAGACUUUCUCAUUAAAGCUUUUGGAGUUCCACUGUUUUUUCGGGGAAUAGCCUGAGAUUGUACGCGAUAUUUAAAGUGGCACUUGUCUUGCUAGUUUAGCGUCCCCUGAUUCAUACCUGGACUCUGUUAAAAGUUUCUCUAGGACCUCAUAUGUUCUAAUUGUGCUAUUCGGAGAGGCGUUGCAGUUAAAAAUACCAGUCCCACCUACUUUCGUUUUAACACAUUCUUUUACGGUUGCUAGGAAGUCUUAGAAAGGGCUUCCUGCGCACUUCCAUCUUUUCCUGUAACCUAGGUAGAGUUUUCCAGCACUUUAAUGGGGCUCAAUACUACAGUGUCUAUAUUCAUUAACAAAUCUUGCACAAUUUCGCAGUAAUUGGGGCUUAUUUGUAUGAACCUCAUUUAACUUAGCGGUUAUUGCAGGCCCUUGUCACUUGCACGGAUUCAGGACAUCUAUCUGUCACACGCAAUUUAUUAAUUUAAAUUGUACUUUGUAACCUUGCCUACAAUACGAAAGCAGAAACUGCUUUGAUGUCCUAUGCUUGACAAAGGAUUGAGUUCCUACAGUAGAAUCUAGCGAAAUGGACAAAUGUCUGAAGCGGAUGCAUAGCAGAUACUUCUAUAAACCAUGUACUUCAUUCCCCAAAUCCCAUUACCAAGUUAAUUUUGUUCCUAUUUACUCCUUCAUUUAUAUAAGCUGGUCACUUUCAAUUAAAUGGGGCUUUUGACUUACUCUAUCAGCUUUAAAACUUCAGUUGAAGCUUUGACUGAGGAUUAGGUUAUGGGAUGAACUAAUCCAAUGGCCUUCUGUGGAGGUCAUUAAGAGAAGCGAUUUUUUUGUUGUUCGGAAAUAAGUUUUUGCUUAUAUAAUAGAGGAUCUCGUUCUGCUUUCGACAACGAGGUUCUUCUUUCACAUCAAUGUUAAGCAGAUGAAUAUGAUCCGUUUGAUGCCCUACGAGUAGAGUAUGUUGAGUAUUAGAGAAAAGUUAAGGACAAAUCUCUUUUAUACGGACAAACUGUUAGACACAUUAAAUAAUGAGGGAUGUCAGAAUUUCGGCUACUUUCACGUAUCUAAAAAGAACGAACAUAGCUAGAUUCGGUUCUUUAUUUCUUCUCUCGUUUUUGGUCCGCAUUAUACAGCUGCAACAAUACCAAUGGCAAUAUUAUUGUUCAAUUUUGGUCCAGUGUACUAACGUUGCUAUUCAUUUUUUUUUGUCUACAAUAAUUUAGGAGCUGUGCUUGUACUAACCUCUGCAUGUAGUGAGAAUUGGAGAAUUUGAGGGGAUUGACAUGCAGGGCGCAGAAGAAAAAAAUUAGAAUCAAAACUCUGUUUGUUAUUUAUUUAUGAUUAGAACUCGACUAACUCUUCUUGCAAUUAUGUAAACUAGUCCACGGGCUCCAAUGUCUGAUGUACAGUUUAAAAACUGUCUGACUUGUAAAUCCUUCGCGGACGCCCCUCGUAUUCCAAAACGAAAGCUGUUACUUGCUUAAAUGCUUCGGUAGGCUUCCUUCAGUUAGUCAGAUUAAUAGACCUUAUUCCUUCUUUCACAACCAGAGUUCGCGAUUGGCUACGUAAUACUACUACUGGGAAGCUAAGAGGGGAAUUUUUUAAUAUCUUAGAUUAGAUCUUUCAUUGAAGUGGUUAUUAUGGAUUAUCUUCCGCUUUGAUAGAUAUAUAAAUGUGAUAAGAUGAAAUUUCGACCGUAGGGUGGAAGUAAACUUUAGGAGGCGUAUUUAAUUAAAUUGGUUUCAAGCAUUAAAUGGGUUUGAAACUCAGUGAUAGCCUAGCUUUUCGGUUGUUACUAAGCUUAAGUGCAGCGAAAACGGUUUUUACUUAUUGUGUAUUAAGUAAAUUGACUGCUACUUAGUUCUUGUUCGCAUGUUAUAUUAUUAUACUUUGUUCAGCAAAACGUCAAUCUAUGUUUUAUUUAUACUGAAAUGAAAUGAUAUGAAACCGUCGAUUAGAUAAUGGAACAAAUAUUACGCUAUUAUUGUAGAUUUCCCAUUGAUGGAGUAAAAUCUAACACUAAAAAUUACCAAAUGCAAUCAUAUUUUUAUAAAUUUAUAUAAAAAUCCUUACUAUGAAAAAAAAAUGAGAAACUUUGUAGGAAAACAAAUGUCAAUGAACAAAUCUAAAAAAAGUUUGAAAUUGUGAAAUAAUUACGGUAAAAUGUUGCGCGUAAAUAAUUUUGCUAACUUUCCAAAACUGGAGAAAUUAUAUAGAAUAUACAAAUUAUAUUAAAUAACACGAAAACCGUUCUAAUGAAAUAUUUUAAAUAUGAAAUAAGCAAGGACAUAAUAAAAUUUUCAAGAAGGAGAAAGUAUAGGAUUCGUAGUCGCGAGGCAUUUGAACUAUUCAGUAGAAAGUAAACCGGAUAAAUAUUUAAAUUGAACAAAUUUAUUAUUUUUUGGUAAUUUUCAGUUGAAAGAAUAAAUAUUAGCUAUAAUAGAUAUAUUUAAAAAAAAAAUUGGCAUUACUAAUUCGUUGGAUGAAGUAGCAAGACGUCUAAAGACGAUUCAAAGUGUUCGCUCCAAUUCGUACUACCGUUUUCUUUCUUAGAAAUAACUGAAGUGUGCCACCCCGUUUUGACAGUCUCCGAUUUAACUUGAUGUUUACCGCAAAAGGGGUUUCCACAAAAUGUGGAUUAUUGAGAAUAAAAAAUGUAAAGACUGCAGAAUUUGAAAAAAAAACACCGAGUCAAAACAGAAAAGAUUAUGAGGUUGUUUAUCUCCUAUG